AUGGAAGCCCUGAAGGGAAAAGGAAGAGAGAGUGAAAAGCAGGGAUGGAAGGAGGGGCUGUUGUUAUGAACAGAUGUGGGUGGAAAGACUCAUUUUCCAAACAGCAGUUAGAAGGAAGCAUAUACACAGACUUUUAUGGAUUACACUCUGGACUGUAGACAUGCAGGAUUUUUUCUUUUUUUAAUAUUACAGUCAACUCUGUUAUCUUGGUUCAGUUUGUGUCAGUGGCGUCAGAAUUCAAGUGAAUAUAAUGAGGUUUUCGGCACAGUUGUCUCUUCUUCUGUAGCUAAUCAGUGCUACAAAAUGUUUAGUCUGAUUUGUUGAGAUUUUUUCUCUUCUCUUCGGUGGCAAGAAAAGCCAAUUCAACUGACCGUUAAACUUUUUUGGAAACUCAACCCUCAGCUGUACAUAUUAUUUUCUGUUCUGACAGAUUUGCUAUUGAGAGAGAACAGGAGAUGAUUGAAACUGAUGUGAUCACUGAGGUUUUACCUGAAGAAUGGCUCUCAGUCAGUGUGUGUAUUACCGCAUUGAUCCUUAGCUGCUGAGGGGGAACUGCCAGCAUGUAUGAGAGACACAGGCGGAGGUACAGCUUCUGUGCCAAAGGAGAGACCACUGUGGAUGUGGUGUUGAUUAAGAUCAAGAGAGAGAAUGACGUUCUGUACCCUGUCCAAUCCAGCCUUGAAUGCAGCUCAGUACCACCAUGUACAGACAUCCAUCCAGACAGGGGGGAGUGUGUGUCGGUGUGUUUGUUGCACAGAGACACAGUGGUCAAAGACAGUCUGGAGGUCAUUGCUGACCUGGAUGACAGUGUAUUUAAAAAGCCCAAAGAACCUCUCUCCUUUGUUAGACACAUGGACGAACAGGUCCGUAUCUCCUGGUCCUCCACUGAUGAUGCAUUCGUGCAGGAAGCCUUUAGUCCCAGCAAAGGGGCCCUCUCAUCGAGCAUACCUGAGACUGCAGCCUCUCAGAAUUCCAGACUGUCCUGGAAAUCAGAAACAGAGGACAGAGGAGGAGGGGAAGCAGAAGAAAUGGGACACAUAGAGGAGAAUAAAAACCAACUUUUAGGAAAUCCUGUGUCUUCAGCAAUCUUGCGGUCCUCCAUCCGUUCCUUGUCUCCGCUUCGUCGUCACAGCUGGGAGCCGGCCAAGAUCAACACUGCUACACAUAUUGACAUUGUACAGCACAGCUCUUUGAAGAGCCUUUCAGAAGAGGUGAAGAGAGCCAAACCGCUUCUCCACAGGAGAAGUAUGAGCUGGUGUCCAUCAAACCUGCACUGUCCUAAUCAGGAGCAAAUAGACAACAGAAGUUGCAGUCUGGAGGGUCUGGAGGUGGAGAGGGCAGCAGUUCAGGCUCAGUGUCCCAGCUUCAGUGAUGAAGAGGAAAGGGCUGCAGGCGCAUGUUUAUACCACGAUAACCUGGACAGAGGCUCUCUGGUCUCGCUCACUGAGGAAGAACAGGAAGGAAAUGACAGCAUCGAUAGCCAGCCAUUGCAUCAGGUACUGUCAGUGACAACCAGCUGUCCUGCCAUGAUUCAUCAUCAAACUCCCACCAAAUCCAUCUCCAUCAAUCACUGUGAUAUAGAUGUGGGUGGAUUUCCUCGAUCAAAGCGACGAAUCAGCUUCUCUGUCAGUAUCUCUUCGCUCCUCCCCAAAAGUAGACACCACUUUUCUAUUGGUUCUUCCUCCAGUGAUGAUGAGGAGGAGGAGGGAGGGAGGGUGAGCUCACUCUCUGGUAACUCUGGGUCCCUGAGAUACAGUAUUUCAGAAGAGCCAGGCCCCCUUCGUAAUGACACUGAGGGAAAAGGAGGACCUAAAAUCAGUCGAACAUUCAGCUACCUCCGCAGCAAGAUGAGCAAGAAAGGCAAGGAGAAGGAGAGGAGAGGAGAGAGUAAACGAGAGUGCAAAGAGAGAGAAAAGAAGAGUGCAAGUGGUCAUCUCUUCGUUCUCAAUAAUCCUCCUGCUGCCACAGCCUGUCAGCACUGCGCCAAACGUCUGCACAAUAAGGAAACUUCUUUCUGCAACAACUGUGGAGUCCAUGUCCACAAAAGCUGCAUAGAGAGCAUGUCAGUCUGUCCAAAGAGCAAAACAAAGCAGCAAUUGCUGGUACCAGCCGCGGUUCCUGGGUCUGCUGUUAACUUGAGGAAUAAAUCUACGUCUUCAGCAUCAUCUUUGUCAUCAACAUCUUCUUCAUCAUCACGGGAGCGCUGGUUAUCUCCAACCACCCCUGAUGACCAGCUUCCUAUGAUGUUUCCACGGAGACACCCCAGCAUCUUUAACCCACACGGCAACUUGGCCAAGAGCAUCUCCACCAGCAACAUAGCAGGGUUAGAUGAUGUUCCACUGAAAGGCCUUAAGUUUCUGUCCCAAUCUACCGACUCCCUCAAUCAGGGGAGCAAAAUCAACGACUCAACUGAGUCAUUAAUGGAUGAAGGUACAGAGAUGACUGACAGUCAGUUGAUGGGAGAGUUUGAGUGUGACAUUAAAGAUCUGGAGGCGGAUUCUUGGAGCGGCACGGUGGAUAAGAAGUUCUUGAAAGCGCUGAAGAAAGAUGAAAUCAAGAGACAAGACAUAAUUUAUGAGUUGUACCAGACAGAGGUUCACCAUGUGAGGACACUGAAGAUCAUGUCAGAAGUGUAUUUUAAAGGCCUUCAGAAGGAGCUGCAGCUUGAUAUUCAAACUCUGGACAAGAUUUUCCCUGUUUUGGAUGAGCUGGUGGAAAUACAUACACAUUUCCUCACACUUCUCCUGGAGAGAAAAAGAGCUUCAUCAGCUGAAGCACAAAACGGUAAUCGCUUCCUCAUUAACGACGUUGGGGACAUCCUGCUCAACCAGUUUUCAGGCUGCAAGUCUGAUCGUAUGAAGAAAGUUUAUGGAAAAUUUUAGUCGCACAAUGAGGCGGUCAAUCUCUAUAAAGACCUGCUUGCCAAAGACAAACGCUUCCAGGCUUUCAUCAAGAGGAUCAUGAGUAGCAGCAUUGUGCGGAGACUCAGUAUUCCAGAGUGUAUUUUGUUGGUUACACAGAGGAUCACCAAAUAUCCUGUUCUGAUCCAGAGGAUACUUCAGCACACUAAAGUCAAUGAGCACGAGAAGAAACGGAGACUGAAGGAGGUCUACAGGUACUCCAUCCUGACCACAUGUCAUAUGGUCUUGUAA